CGUAGAUACUUGACUGUUGUUUCGAGCUAUGUGUAUAACCAGCUAAUGGGCCAAGAAGCGUUUGUUUGCUUGACAGUAGCGUCAAAUUAAAUUGGCAAUAGGCAAAACACGAAAAUGAGUGAAAUACACCGCUUAAAAUCGCAAAUAGUUUCCCGAUUUUCGCUUGGAGGUUUUCAGAUUCGAAGUGAGGCCAGCACGUUUCUUGCCCAACAACUUCAGCCUCUUGACGACGCAGAACGCAAGAAAUGGAUCACGAAUGUGGCCAAUCAUGUGCAGGGGCAGUGUUUGAACCUUCCCGUUAUAGAAAAACAACACAUAGAACUGGCCAUCAAGGAAGCGAACAACACAGGAUUAGAUGAUACCGAGACGAUUUUCCGUGUCAUCAGUGCUUUUGAGGUGCCUUCAUUCGUGUACUGUGCGGAGAAAAAAAAGUUUCUGCCAGACACCAACAAGCGAAGUUUAUUGGCCACACCGGAUGGUAAGUCUAGCUACAUUCGCGAACGAUACUGGUUGCUGUGGCAGAAGACAAGCCGCCACGAAACAUUCUCCCAGCGCACGACACCUGGCAUGGAGGCACCGGGCAAUAGAAACAAACUCAGCCUACGGAAAGUAGAGAAUAUACUCUCAACCUCGAAAAUGAACGAUGUUGUCUUGCUGGGAUUAUUGACGCAGCUAACGGAAGGUCGUUAUUAUUUGGAAGAUCCUACUGGAUCGAUUCCGAUCGACAUAAGCACGGCAACCUACUCGCCGGGACUGUUUUGUGAGGGAUGUUUCUUGCUUGCGUACGGUAAAUAUCGAGACGGUGUAUUGAAUGUAGAGGAGAUUGGAUUUCCAAUGCCGGAGCUUGCUACUAACAGUAGAGCGUUCUUUGGAACCGUGAACAGUUGGGGUGGUCCCUCAAAAACGCUUCUGAAAUACUCUCGCAAUCUAAACGAUUUGGAGAAAGCCAAUGUGGAGCACAGUCUUGUGUUUCUGUCCGAUUGUUGGCUGGACAAUCCGAUCGUGAUGGAAAAGUUGGAACAAUUGCUGAGAGGAUACGAUGAUUUCCCCCCGGUAGCGAUAGUACUUAUGGGACCAUUCGCAAGAAGCAUCGAGAAUGUCUACACACUAAAAGGUCACUUUAUAAAGCUCGGUGAAAUAUUGUCCAGUUGUGAGAAGCUAAAAUCGCAAACCGAUUUAGUUAUUGUGCCUUCCAUUGAUGAUCCCGCAGCUGCGAAUAUCUUACCUCGACCUCCUGUACCAGAAGCUUUAGCAGGAGAGCUGAAAAAACGAUUCCCUAGAACUAUUUUGACCACAAAUCCGUGCCGGUUGCAAUACUGUACUCAGCAAAUUGUUGUGUGUCGUGCCGAUUUGGUAACCAAAUUGUGUCGAAAUACGAUACAUUUUCCCAAAGAAGGACUAUUAGAAGAGCAUUUUGCCCGGACAAUUAUUAAUCAGAAUACGUUAGCGCCUUUAACACCGAUUGCGUUUCCUACACACUGGAAUUAUGAUGCUGCCCUCUCUCUCUAUCCGUUACCUGAUUUAAUCGUUAUAGGGGAUCCAUGUCAAGGCUUUCAUACAACUGAACAGGAGUGCACUGUUAUGAAUGUGGGAUCCUUUCCGAAAUCAAAAUAUGCAUUUAAGGUGUAUUAUCCCUCUAGCAGAACAGUUGAAGAUUCGCAAAUACCUGAUGAGGAGUAAACAAAUAUUUAAGUACACAGAACAAUCGCGAAUAAAUGUAAAAAUAACUUUUAAACAA